AUGGACACCAAAGAGUGCCCGGUACAGGAAGUUGGCGUUUCGCAAGUGGAGGUCCCCGGUGUUGGGGAGGUCCCCGGUAAAAAAGACGGCCAAUCGGUGUAUUUGAGUUCGUAUCAGUAUCUGACCUAUCUCGCGCUCAGCCUGAAUAUAUUUGAGAACCAACAGGUCGCUCGUGCGAGAUUGGGUGGGCUGUUGUCACCAGAUGAGUGGAAGGCCUUGAAAGAGGUAACUACGUCCGACUUGUGGGAGUGUGAACUCAUCUAUGUGGAACUUGCUACGAUCAUUUCUAUGUUCAUAGCUGCCCCCUUUGGUGACGUGUCAGAUGCCGCAAGAGGGACUGUGUGUCAGUGGCUGGAGAUUGGGACGUGGAGCACUACCCACAGCAAUUGGGUAGCGGGCUGUCUUCUUCGACGUUCAGGUGUCCCAGUAAGAAAGGUGAUUGACUUUUGCAACGAUACGUUGCAAUAUGUACCAAAUAAUAACCGGUGGAAAUUGGAGUGCAUGAGACUCCGCCCCCUAUUGCCUCGGAAUUACCGGGACCGGGUUUUAGGUUUCGACAGGAAGCAAUUUUUGUUAUGCCUGGUGAACGAUUUGUCAGAGAAAGUAACUGCUAACCAGUUUGCAAAACUACAGACAGGGAACAUAACAUCGGUGCCUCUUGUGGCCACGGCAAUAGCCCGACAGAAGAGGCAGAUCCCACGACCGACGCUAGGACGUACCGAGGAGAAGCGCAUACGGAAAAGCGUGGGUUUAGGAGCCGGGACAGGCGGUCCGCCGGUGAGGUCGGAGGAGUGGGUCCUUUCUCAGUCCACUAGAGUCGGCGGGGCUUGUUCCGGAGAGAAAGCGGCUAGUGAGCGAGUCUACCGACGGACGCAGGGUUUCUUGACGAAGCUUGCAGUAUUCCAAGAGCCGGUUUUAUUUCCGGAUCAUGAUGUGAAUGAAAAGCUGACUAAACUGUUAGGUGGAGAUUGGAAUAAAUUGGAGGGAAUGAAAGAGGCGGAUGUUGAUGCCUGUAGUAUCGCUUAUUUAGAGCUAGGAACCAUUAUAGAAAGAUAUAUAAACUCCGCGUUUGGAACUGUUUGUGAGCAACUACGGGAUAAAGUACUUACGAUGUUUUCAAGUGCAAAUUUUACUACUAUGACUUCUGCAUGGUUAACGGGCUGUAUACUACAAUACGCUGAGGUAUCCAUACCCCGUCUCAUCGACUUCUGUGUAAAGGAUUUGACAUAUAAACCUGCCCCAAACAACUGGAUUCUAGAAUGUCUUAAAUGCGAACCUUUUCGCAAAUGCAAUUAUCACAUGAGGGCAUCCUUAAAUGCUCGAGAACGUCUCGCUGACCUUCUUAUUGGCCACAGGCAGAAGCUUUCUAUUCCCGAAUUCAUUGAGGUGCGGUCAGGAUCAAGAUCGCACAAAACCAGCUACGUUCGCGCAUGCUUUAUUGCUUCGUCUUCCUCUACACAGUCGUCUUCCUCUACACAGUCGUCUUCCUCUACACAGUCGGCUCCCUCUACACAGUCGGCUCCCUCUACACAGUCGGCUGCCUCUACACAGUCGGCUCCCAUUAUUACUUGGAAACCGAAGAUGCGGGGAAGACAGACACCAGCUUACCGAGGGGAAAUUCCACGGUCCCAGACCGAGAAUCCAGGCUACCGAACUUUGGCUCCAAAGCAUCACAUGUGGAUAGACCAAGAUCCUGCACUGAUGUACUGCCAUCCAAAUGAUGUGAUUGAAUUUAUAAAUUGGGUGGAAUCGGGUGGUGUGUGA